AUGAUGAAAGUCGGAGAAGUUUUCCUGCCGGAUGAUGAAGAUUACAAAUAUUUCAAGAACGAAUGUACAAAUGAUGAUGGAUGGACAGUGUGCUAUGAUAAAUCAUCAUGCCGUGUAGCUACGAAGAAAAGUACCCUUUCAGCAUUCGAUGUUAUUCGUGUUCAAUCGGAGUUUAAGGAUAUUUCGGCGGAUCUUCUCUACGACGUUCUACAUGAUGGUUCGUAUCGCGCCAAAUGGGAUUCGACAAUGUUAGAAUCAAAUGAUAUUUGUAUUGUUUCACCAAAUAGUGAUAUUGGCUAUUAUUCCGUAAAAAGUCCACCGCCGUUUAAAAACCGAGAUUUUGUAACACAACGUGUUUGGUUAGAUUAUGGACGUAAUCAAGAAAAAUAUAUUCUUAAUCAUUCGGUCAAUCAUCUUCGCGAGCCACCGCGAAAGAAUUUUGUACGUGGAAUUUCUUAUCUAACUGGAUUUUUAAUCAUACCAAAAGGUUCGUCAUCGUGUACAUUCUAUUACAUGACACAAUGUGAUCCUGGAGGCAGUUUGCCAGCUUGGUUUGUAAAUAAAACAUCGAAAGUUUUAGUACCGAAGAUAAUCAAAAAAUUAGCCAAAGCAUGUACGAAAUAUGACAAAUGGAAGUCGAAAAACGAUCCACAUUUGAAGCCAUGGCUGUAUCCGGAUCAGUUGACUGUUCCCCGAUUGAAUCCAGCUGAUCUUGGAACAUUCAAUGCCCAAGAAACACUAACUGCAUCUGCGGAUACAGGCGAAGCAGCGAUUGGAGAAAACGCUGUUCAAAUCGAUGAUCUUGUUAGAGAUGAUUGA